GAACGUGCUUGAAGUUGUUGUCGUAACACAUUAAAGAAAUUAAGAAUUAAAGCAUCAUGGAUCUCGUCGAACCUGCGCUGGAAAAUCCGGGACAGACGGUGAAGGAUGAUUUGGCGGAGAAAUGCCAAAAAUUGUUCCAGGCAUUCUUGGAAGAGUUUCAGAAUAGUGACGGCGAACUGAAGUAUCUGCGCGACGCAGAGGAGUUGAUUCGCCCGGAGAGAAACACCCUACUCGUCAGCUUUACAGACUUGGAGGGCUUCAACCAGGAACUUGCCACUACCAUACAGGAGGAAUUCUACAGAGUUUAUCCUCACCUGUGCCGCGCUGUAAGGAACUUUGCCAAGGAUCAUGGCAAUGUUCCAGCCUCUAAAGAAUUUUAUGUGGCCAUCCAAGAUCUGCCAACCAGACACAAGAUCCGCGAGUUGACCGCCCUGCGCAUUGGGACACUGGUCCGGAUCAGCGGCCAGGUAGUCCGCACCCACCCGGUCCACCCAGAGCUGGUGAGUGGGACGUUCCUGUGCCUGGACUGCCAGGGGGUGGUGAAGGACGUGGAGCAGCAGUUUAAGUACACGCAGCCCAGCAUCUGCCGCAACCCCGUCUGCAACAACCGCAAGCGCUUCCACCUCGACACCAACAAGUCCAAGUUCAUCGACUUCCAGAAGGUGCGUAUCCAGGAGACGCAAGCGGAGCUGCCGCGUGGAUCCAUCCCCCGCAGCAUGGAGAUCAUCCUGCGGGCUGAGGCCGUGGAGUCCGCCCAGGCCGGCGACAAAUGCGACUUCACCGGGUCACUCAUCGUUGUCCCUGACGUCUCCCAGCUAGCCACCCCAGGUGUGCGCAGUGAGACGAGCACUCGCACGGCGGGGGCCCAAGGCUAUGAGAACGAGGGCCUGCGUGGGCUCAAGGCGCUGGGUGUGCGGGAACUCUCCUACAAGCUGGCUUUCCUGGCCUGCCAUGUCGCUCCCACCAACCCCAGGUUUGGCGGGAAGGAGAUCCGUGAUGAGGAGCAGACUGCGGAAAGCAUCAAGAACCAGAUGUCUGUGAAGGAGUGGGAGAAGGUGUUUGAGAUGAGCCAGGACAAAAACCUGUACCACAACCUCUGCACCAGUCUCUUCCCCACCAUCCAUGGUAAUGACGAGGUGAAGCGUGGCAUCCUACUCAUGCUUUUUGGUGGAGUCCCCAAGACCACAAUGGAAGGCACGUCCUUGAGAGGAGAUGUGAACGUGUGCAUUGUUGGAGACCCCAGCACAGCCAAGAGCCAGUUCCUGAAGCACGUGGAGGAGUUCUCCCCCAGGGCUGUGUACACCAGUGGAAAAGCCUCCAGUGCUGCUGGUCUGACGGCUGCCGUGGUCCGAGACGAGGAGUCCCAUGAGUUUGUGAUCGAGGCCGGAGCCCUCAUGUUAGCCGACAACGGGGUGUGCUGCAUUGACGAGUUUGAUAAGAUGGAGACGAGAGACCAGGUGGCCAUCCAUGAGGCCAUGGAACAGCAGACCAUCUCAAUCACCAAAGCUGGGGUCAAGGCCACACUGAAUGCUCGCACCUCUAUCCUGGCUGCCGCCAACCCUGUCGGUGGACGCUACGACCGCGCCAAAUCCCUGAAGCAGAAUGUCAACCUCACCGCACCUAUCAUGUCCCGCUUUGACCUGUUCUUCAUCUUGGUAGAUGACUGCAAUGAGGUGACUGAUUACGCCAUUGCCAGACGUAUAGUCGACCUCCACUCCAGAAUUGAGGAGUCCAUUGACCGUUUGUACACCCUUGAUGAGAUCCGCAGAUAUCUGCUCUUUGCCAGGCAGUUCAAACCAAAGCUUUCCCAGGAGUCUCAGGACUUCAUCGUGGAGCAGUACAAGAGGCUGCGGCAGCGUGACGGAUCGGGCGGCGUCACCAAGUCGGCGUGGCGCAUCACCGUGAGGCAGCUGGAGAGCAUGAUCCGCCUGUCGGAGGCCAUGGCACGCAUGCACUGCUGUGACGAGGUUCAGCCAAAGCACGUAAAGGAGGCAUUCAGGCUGUUGAACAAGUCCAUCAUCAGGGUGGAGACUCCUGACGUCAACCUGGAUCAGGACGACGAGGUGGAAGCCAUGGAAGAGGAGGAUGGUGACCAGAUGAAUGGAGAUGUACCUAAUGGAGGUAUUAACGGCCAUGUUAAUGGACAAGUAAAUGGGCAGGUCAAUGGGCACGCUAAUGGAAUAAAUGGCCAUGGCGAUGAUGCAGAGAAGCAGUCUGCAGCCAAACCUGCCAUGCGACUCUCCUUCGCCGAGUAUCGCCGCAUCUCUAACCUGUUGGUGUUGCACCUCCGUCAUGCAGAGGAAGAGGAGGAUGAGGCUGCGCUGAAGAAGAGUGCCGUGGUCAACUGGUACCUGAAGGAGAUCGAGUCUGAAAUUGACUCUGAGGAGGAGCUUAUCAACAAGAAGGCCCUCAUAGAGAAGGUCCUCCAUCGACUGGUGCACUAUGACUACAUCCUGAUUGAGCUGUCACAGUCUGGCCUGAAGGGCUCGUCCCAGACCAGCGGCACGGAAACUCCUGAGGAUGAAGUAGUGCUGGUCGUCAACCCCAACUACACACUGGAGGACUAGAUCUGUGCUUUUGGGGACAUUUUUAAAAAUGUAAUCCAGUGGUCGUUCCAUGAAGUCCAUCAAGUCUUGAAUGCGACCCAUGCAAAAUCGCCACCUUUAAGUGUCUGAAUAUUGUUUUAAAAAUGUUUAACAUGUACAAAUGGCAUGUUACAAGUGGAUUUGAAAUGAGGUUUUACUUUUUUCAUCUUGAUUUGAAGAUGGCUUUCUUAAAAGGAUACUUUCUAAAGUAGUAAGCCGAUUGUUUGUAAAUACUUUGCUUUGAUUUCUACAAAGCAUUUGGAUCUGGUUAAAGAUGAUGUUUUGGACCCCUUUUAGCCUUUUUAUGCUUUCUUAUUGUUCUUAUCAUGUUAUGUUCAUGUAGCUCCUGUAAGGUUCUUUUAAAAUAAAUAUGGAUCG